GAAGAGGCCGCCUGUCUGGGGACCCAGCUCUUUGCCCCUUACUCCCUGCUCUCCUGAGAGCCACCAUUGAGGCCCCAACCCCUCCCUUCCUGCCCACAGAGGCCUCUGCUCCCCACCCCACUUCCCAGCAGAAGGGCUGGAGCCAGACUCCGAGAUAAGGGGCUUGUUUUCCAAGGGCCCGGAACUGAGUGCAGAUUGUGGGUCAAGGCCAGAGGGGCACUGGGGUGGGGGAGGGCACGAUGAGCCUUUCCUUUAGACGGGGGUCCUUGCGGCCACUGAUCCCACGGGGACUUGAGAUUUCUGCCCCUUCAGGAUGCCUGCGCUAGGCUUGGGGGAGAGGGGGAGAGCCCCGGGGAAGUUGCCCCGACCGUGGAUAUAGCUGCCUCUCCACCCCUGCUCGAUUCUCCCGCCAGGCUGGCCUUCCUUUGAGACCUACCCCAAGCCUUUGCCUCGAGUUCUCCCUUUGUCCGGUUAGCGACCUGCUCCGUCUUCAAAAGUCAGCCCAGUCACUGCUUCCUCCGGGAAGCCCACCCUGCUGCCUCAGCCAGGCCUGCUGCAGCACCCCCCCUGCCCCGCCCCGUGAUGCUGACAUCCCCCCUCUUCCCAGUGCUCCUCUCUUGGGCAGCAUCCUGUCCCCACCCUGAGGACCCGAGCUCCGAAGGCAGCCUGGCCUUACUCUCCCUCACCCCCAGACCCAAUUUGGAGCAGGCACAUGGCAGACCUCUGAUGAAGGCGUCGGUGUCCUCUUUGAUCAGGGGUGCCCUGACCAGAGCCGUGGGUGCCUCUUCCGGUGAACUUGGGCCCCUCGGGACCGACUUCCUCCCAUGGGGGACACACAUCUGUGGCCACACUCCAGGAAGGGGAGCAGCCGAGUGGGGCUGGGCACUCAGAGGGAGGCCGGUCCUUCCGUGUGAGGAAGGGUCAUGCUGCAGAAGGUCCAGUCUGGGCUGAGUCACCGUGCGCCCCACAGCAGCACCACCAAGCCCCAGGGCCCUGGGCUGUGGCCAGUAACAAUGAUAAUAGCAGCAGCAGUAAGAAGUAAGCAUUCACACAUAGCACUUACCCACAGCCAGGCACCAGGGUCAGCACUGAACACAGUAGGUCAGGGACUCCCCAAAGCAGCCCAUUCUGCAGUGGAGGAGACUGAGGCACGGGGAGGCCGAAAGGCUUGUCCAAAGCCGCACAGCUGGUAAGUGAGGACUGAGUCGGUCGGUCCCCUUCACUAUUACCCUGCACUGUACCUCAGUUGGAGGUAGCCCACCCCUCCAGGGCAGGGGGUAUGGAGGAGGGGGCUCCCUGCGCACCCCUCUAAUUCUGCCUCCCAUUAUACCCCAUGAAGUGGGACGCUCAGACCGCUUGUGCCAUCCUCGUAUCCCUCUGCCUGGCAUUUAGGCCAUGCCUGACACGCAGGAGGUCCUCAAAAAAAUCCAUAUCGAAAAAAGCAGACGGCGGGAUGCUAGUUUUUAGGGGCGACGGAAAGUAGUGGUUCAGAACGGGACCCUGGGGACUCCGGGGACAGCCGGCCGGGCCGCCUCCGCCACAUGUGACUGUAGGCAUUAGCUGGUGCACGGCUCAGUUUCCCCGUCUGUGACUCCCUCUCCCCCAGGCCCAUCUCGCGCCGUGUCCACCCCGCGAAGCCCGAACUACAACUCCCAGCGUGCCUCGGCACCGUCCUGCCCGAGCCUGCGCUAGUGCCCGCCGGGACGGAGUCCGAACUACAACUUCCAGCAUGCCGCGGGCGCUCCCGCAGGCCCUGGUCAACGGCCGAGGUCGAGGUCGGGGAAGCCGUGCCGACCCUCGCCGCUCCGGGUAGCGCUCGCUCGGGAGGGUCGGGGUGGGGUCGGGAGCUGCCCCCGCCAUGCUUCGUGGACUGGCUCGGGCCGCGGUCCAGCGGCAGGGGGCCCUCCGGACGCGGGGGUCUGGGGGCGGGGCGGGGGUCCCGGUGCACGUGGUGGACCUGCGCAGCGACACGGUGACCAAGCCCGGGCCGGCCAUGAGGCGCGCCAUGGCCGAGGCGGUCGUGGGGGACGACGACUACGGCGAGGACCCCACCGUCCGCGAGCUGCAGGAAAAGGCAGCCACGCUGCUGGGGGUGGAUCGGACCUUGUUCGUGCCCACCAACACCAUGGCCAACCUUAUCUCUGUGAUGUGUCACUGCCAGCGCAGGGGCUCCCAGCUCCUCCUCGGGCAGGAGAGCCACCUCCACGUCUAUGAGCAGGGCGGGGUGGCUCAGAUUGCUGGGGUGCACUCCCACCCCCUCCCAGACCUGCCCCAUGGGACCCUGGACCUGCUUGAGCUGGAGAGGAUGGUCACACGGGGCCUCGGGAGCCCCUACCACCCGGUCUGUGAGCUCAUCUGCCUGGAAAAUACCCACAGCAGCUCAGGGGGCCGGGUUCUCCCCAUCGACUACCUACGCCAGGUGCGCCUCCUGGCCCAGAGCUGCGGGGUCCGGGUCCACCUGGACGGGGCCCGGCUGAUGAACGCUGCGGUGGCUCUGCACGUGCCCCCCGCCCGCAUCGUGGAGCAUUGUGACUCUGUGUCUCUCUGUUUCUCCAAGGGCCUGGGCGCACCGGUGGGAGCCCUGGUUGGGGGGCCCAAGGACUUCAUCGAAGGAGCCUGGCGCCUCCGGAAAGCCCUGGGCGGGGGGAUGCGCCAGGCGGGGGUGCUGGCCGCAGCUGCCCUGGUUGGACUGGCAGACGUGGAGGAGGUGCUGCUGAGGGACCACCAGAACGCUCGGAGAUUUGCCCAAGGGCUCCAGGAGCUGGCGUCCCCUAUCUGCUCCGUGGAUCUCGCCGCCGUGGAGACGAACAUGGUGAUGGUGACAGCGGACGGGCUGCCGCCCCAGGAGCUCUGCCGGCGUCUGCAGGCCGUGAGCGCUGACGAGGUGGCGCAGACCGGCCGCGCGGUGCGCGUGCUGCUGUUCCCCUGGACCGGGCGGUCAGUGCGCGCCGUGUGGCACCGCGACGUCUCCGCACGGGACACCGAGCUGGCGCUGAGGAAGUGGGGGUUCGUGCUGAAGCAGCUGGGGGCCCUGAGGACGGGGUGACCGGCCCCUGGGCCCCAGCCGGGCUCCAGGCGGGGAGUGGCAGUGUCCCGAGGGAGCAGGUGGCAGGAGAGGCAGUAAAAGGACACCCCGUUUCCCCCUUGUCUCCUUGGACCCCUGGACUUCCCACGCCCGGGGCGAAACCUUCCUCUGGCACUCAUUCAGCAAGCCCGGAGCGCCUCCUGUGUCGGGAACGGGGACAGGGACGGGGCGCCACGGAUGCCGAUAGGAGGGACCCCAUUCCAGCCCCCCACCAGAGCCCAGGAAGCAGCCAGGGCAGGGCCUCUGCUCCCCGCGCACAGAAGAGGAAGCGGCCCCGAGCCAUCUGCUCAGAGUCACGCAGCAAAUGAGCGUGUCCUGUGCUCGUACUCGGGGAUCCAGGGGGGAAAGGUGAUAGGAAAAUCAGAAAGGGACAGCCGGGCGCUGGAUGGCAAAGAGCAGUAACUCCCAUGUCGGGGGGCUGGGCUUUAGCCUGUAUUCAUCUCUAUGCAUUUUCCUUUUUUAAAAAUAAAACUUCUGGGGCGCCUGGGUGCCUCAGUCGGUUGAGCAUCA